AUGGACUUUGUUUCAGUGACUUUAGUUAGGAUUGUUUUACUGGGACUGACUGAAGCAAAGACGCCGUGCGCCUGCCCACAUAAUGACAUUUCGUGGAUACCUGUAUGUGGAACCGAUGGAGUCACCUACGACAAUAUAUACUGUUUACAAAUGUGUAGUGAUCCUGGAGUGAAACUUUAUGAUUACGGAAUUUGUAUAAAAAAAGAAGAGAAC